UAGUGCUUCAUGGACAGUAAAUGUCAUGCCAUCUCAAAUGACAAAUCUUCAAACAGCACGGAUACAGACUGACCUCAACAGGAAUGAUAUGUUUCAAGAAAUGGAGCUUUGUUAGUGCUUCAUGGACUGUAAAUGCCAUGCCAUCUCAGGUGACGUCCACAAAUCAUCCAACAUCUGGGAUACCGGCUAUGGUACCUGAAUUUGGCAGGAACAAAAUGCUUCAAGGAAUGAAGCAGUACAUUUGCAGCACAUGUGGUAAACAGUACUCUAUAAAAGGCUCACUACAGCGACAUGUUAGAUAUGAAUGUGGUGUAGAACCUCAGUUUUGCUGUCCAUAUUGCUCUAAAAGAAGUCAUCGAAAAAGCAAUCUUAGCCAGCACAUUAGACGUAGUCACUUCAGUGUGUCGUUAUGUGACAGUAUUUAGACUAAUUUGUUUAACAGAGUGCUGCGGUUAGGACAUGUCUGUGUAUUGUGUGUGAAUACUUCAACACUUUUCUUACCAUAUUUAGUCACUCCUUACACAAUACACAUCUCAUGUAUCUCUAUCAAAAGUAAUUGCGGUGAAAUUAUAAUAGGGUAUUUAAAAAGCAAAUUACCAUUGAUUAAAAGUUUUGUGAUAAACUGUAUUACUUUUUUGGACUUUAGCAACAUUACAUAUAAAAACAUGUUUGGA